UUUAGUGCGUCGAGCGGCUGAGUGAAGUGUUGUUCGCGCGUCUUGUUAAGAGGACCAAACAGCAGCAGCAGCAGCGCACGCUUCCUCCUCCAGAACCUGCAGGCAUCCCGGGGAGCACCACGCAGUGCAUGCCUCCCACACCAGGAGGAGGACGCUGCUUUCUCUCAUACUAUUUUGACUGAUUGAGACUUACAUAUUUUUCAAUUCCCUAAUGGUAACCAUCAGUGGGCAGCCGGAGACAUGUGGAAUAAUCUGGGAAAACUGCACCGCUUCUCACUAGUGUGUCUUCUCCUGACGCUGUGGGCUGAGGUGUCUCACUCCACGGGUUACUUCGAGCUGCAGUUGAUUUCGGUGGAAAACCCAAAAGGUCAGCUCCUGAACGGGGACUGCUGCGACGCGGAGAAGAGCGCGGCGGAGGGCCACUGCGGCGCGGACGAGUGCGACACUUACAUCAGAGUGUGUUUAAAGGAAUACCAAACCGAGGUCUCGACCAAUGGACCGUGCACGUACGGCUCGGAAACUACUAAAGUUAUCGGUGGAAAUACUUUUCAGUUCAAGGGGGGCCAGAAAACCGGACAGAACCGGAACAAUGACGCCGGGAAGAUCCUCAUCCCCUUCCAGUUCGCGUGGCCGCGAGCGUACACUGUGAUUGUGGAUGCGUGGGACAAGGACAACGGCACACACAGCAAUGACGAUGAGCUGUUGAUCGAGCGCAGCAUCCACAAAGGGAUGAUCAACCCCGGCGAGGAGAAGCAGGCGGUGGAGUGUAAGAACUCGAUCACCAGCCUCGAGUAUACCAUCCGGGUCCGCUGCGACGAAUACUACUAUGGCGUCAAGUGCAACAAAGUGUGCCGCCCAAGAGACGACUACUUCGGGCAUUAUGUGUGCGACCAGCUCGGAAACAGAGGCUGCAUGGAGGGCUGGACGGGACCCGACUGCAAAACAGCCAUCUGCAAACAAGGAUGCAGCCUCGAACACGGGACAUGCAGCAUGCCGGGGGAAUGCAAGUGUAACUACGGCUGGCAGGGUCCGCUGUGUGACGAGUGUCUGCCGUACCCCGGCUGCGUGCACGGGACCUGCAACGAGCCCUGGCAGUGCACCUGCGAGAAGAACUGGGGAGGUCUGCUCUGCGAUAAAGAUCUGAACUACUGUGGGACAAACCGGCCCUGUAAGAACGGAGGGACAUGUAUGAACACAGAGCCCGACGAGUACAACUGCGGCUGUCCUGACGGCUACUCUGGCAAAAACUGCGAGAUCGCCGAGCACGCCUGUGUUUCCAACCCCUGUGCAAACGGAGGGACGUGCCAUGAAGUCCCAUCAGGCUUCGAGUGUCACUGUCCAGCAGGAUGGUCCGGGCCCACCUGUGCUCAAGACACAGAUGAAUGUGCCUCCAACCCCUGUGCUCAGGGCGGGACCUGCAUGGACAUGGAGAACGGCUUCGAAUGUCUCUGUCCUCAGCAGUGGACGGGCAAGACCUGCCAGAUAGACGUUAAUGAGUGUGCGGGGAAGCCUUGCCUACAUGCUUACUCUUGCAAAAACUUGAUUGGUGGAUAUCACUGUGUCUGCUUUCGUGGAUGGGUUGGCCGGAACUGUGACAUCAAUGUGAACAGCUGCCAUGGUCAGUGUCAGAAUGGAGGGACCUGCAAGAAGGUGCCCUGGGGCUACCAGUGUGUCUGCCAGACAGGGUUUGAGGGUCGGCACUGUGAGGUUCAGAGGAACCGCUGUGCCAGCAGUCCCUGUAAGAACGGAGGGCGCUGCCAGGCCCUGAUCGACGGCUUCAUGUGUGAAUGCCCGCGGGGCUUCGCUGGUACAACCUGUGAGGUGCAGAAUGACCCCUGCAGCCCGAACCCCUGUCACAAUAAGGCUCAGUGCCACAGUCAGGUGGGAGAUUUCUACUGCAGCUGCCCCGACGAUUACGAGGGCAAAACCUGCUCAGAGCGCAAGGACCAUUGCAAGACCAACCACUGUAAAGUGAUUGACAGUUGCACAGUUGCUGUGGCAACAAAUGAUACCCAAAAAAGGGUGUGGCACAUCUCGUCCAAUGUGUGCGGUCCCCACGGACGCUGCAUCAGCCUGCCUGCCGGGAACUUCAGCUGCUCUUGUGAGCCAGGAUUCACAGGCACCUACUGCCACGAGAACAUUAACGACUGUGCGUCAUCCCCCUGUAAGAACGGGGGCACUUGCAUCGAUGGGAUCAACUCCUUCCAGUGUGUUUGCCCAAACGGCUGGGAGGGUAAUCUGUGUGAUGUUGAUGUGAAUGAGUGCAACCGGAACCCCUGUCAGAACGGAGGCCAGUGUGUGGAUCUGCUCAACGACUUCUACUGCAACUGUGUGGACAAGUGGAAAGGAAAGACGUGCCACUCCCGCGAGAGCCAGUGCGACUCCACCACCUGCAGUAACGGAGGGACGUGUUACGACCACGGAGACUCUUUUCUGUGCAGCUGCCCCUCAGGCUGGGGCGGCAGCACCUGCAAUACAGCCAAGAACAGCACAUGUGACUCGGGUCCGUGUGAGAACGGAGGGACGUGUGUCGGAGGGGGAGACGCCUUCACCUGCAUCUGCAAGGACGGUUGGGAGGGAGCCACCUGUGCACAGAAUGUUGAUGACUGCAAUCCACAUCCAUGCUACAACGGCGGCCUCUGCGUGGACGGUGUGAACUGGUUUCGCUGCGAGUGCGCCCCGGGAUUCGCCGGACCGGACUGCCGCAUCAACAUCGAUGAGUGUCAGUCGUCUCCUUGUGCCGAAGGUUCAACCUGCAUGGAUGAGAUCAACGGCUACCGCUGUGUUUGUCCUCUAGGAUACGCCGGACCUCGCUGUCAGAAGUUCAUCGGACUCGGGAAGUCGUGUCGUCACUCCGGUCUGCAGUUUCCUCACGGCAGCCGCUGGGAAGAGGAGUGUAAUGCCUGCCAGUGUGUCAACGGAAACGUGCACUGCUCCAAGGUGCGAUGUGGUCGCCGGCCAUGUCUCCUCCUGAAGGCUCCUCCUGCUCCCGGAGACUCGACCCCUCCGUCCUGCCCCGGCGGUCACGAGUGUGUGGAGCAUCAGUUCCUCACCUGCUUCUCGCCGCCCUGCAACCAGUGGGGCGUGUGUUCAACGCCCGACCCACCGACGCCCCUGCACACACAGUGCGAGCCCAACAGCGGUUACCUUGACAACAGCUGCGCUCGCAUCACCCUCAUCUUCAAGAAGGAGAAAGUGCCACAGGGCACCACUGUAGAGAACAUCUGCUCGGAGCUGAGGUACCUCCCGGUCACUCAGACGCUGGCAAAGGAGCGUGCGCUGCUGUUCCUCUGUGACCUGUCCUACUCCAACAGUGACGCCGUGGAGGUCGCAAUGUCCUUUGAGCAGGACGGCCGGUCGAAUGACGGUGAUCGUGGACAGAUCCAGAAAGCAGCCAGCUCCAUCAUCAGCGCCCUCUCCAAGCGCCACAACAGCACCGUCAUGCUGGCCGUGGUGGAGGUCAAAGUGGAGACGCCGGUGGAGCCUCCGCCUGUUGGCUAUCUGGUCCCGGUGCUGUGCGUGGUCUUCAGCCUCCUCUGGAUCUUCUGCAUCGUUGUUUGCGUUUGGUGGACGCGUAAGAGGAAGAAAGAGCGCGAGAGAGCGUCCCGAUCCGAGGACACAACGGUCAACAACCGACUGGAGCCGCCGCGGAGCAACGCCCCCAAGGACAACCGCGACAAAGACAUUCAGUACGAAUGCAAGAAACUGAUGGGCCCGUGCGACGGGGCCGAGGGCCAGGAGGAAGGAGAGCAGGAGGGGGAGCAGGAGGAAGAUGAGGAGCUGGGCUUGGGGGAGAAGUGCCCGGCUCUAAAAUGCCCCACAGCGGGGGCACAGGACAAGGGGCUGAUGGCUAAGGGAGGGGUCAUCUGCACGUCACGCAGCGCUCCGGUCAAGGCGCCGCACCGGACGGUGUACAGCCCCAAAGACAACCGGUGUAAAAACCUGAACGCAGCCAAGCUCAGCGAGGACAUCAAAGACCACUAUGUAUGAACACGGGGAAAAACUGCAAUGUCUUCAGAGACUUUUCAACUCUUAAAAGCACCAAAAGUGAAGAUUACAGAUGCUUUAAUUUUCUAUUUUUGUUUGUCACGCCUUAUUUAACUCCUUUGUCUGCAGCACGGAGGCUUAUUUUACCAAAAAACAAACCAAAAAAAUACAGAAAAACCAACAAAAAAAAAAAACUCGGAAAAUAAACAUCACAGCUUCUUCUGGAUUUUCUCGUCCCUGUUGGAAUCGAGAAGAGUUUUCUUUUCAACGCUCCUGAUUUUUUUGUGUUUACAAACUGUUUUCCACUCAUCAGAACUGACGCUUCUCUUUUUUCUUUUGGUUUAUCCUCUGAGAUUGAUCGGCUCAUCGGCUGGCAGCUGUUAACAUUAUUUAAUGUUCGGUGCUUUCGGCUCCUGUCUGCCUUAGCCCUAACGUGCGGGCCUUUUCUACGCUCUUCAUAUCAUGUCUUUUUAUAAAACAAAACUGAGAAAAAAAAGAUUAUAUAUUCUUGUAAGUCGUUGAAAGUUGGCACAGAGAAUCCACCGUACCUGGCAUGAGCAUUUUUUUGUUUACAUUCAUAAACAUCUUUUCCAUUUCGUGUUAAGACUUAUAUCCUUUUGAAUAAUUAUUUCUUUCUGCGAGUCUUCAUGAUUUUUCAGUAUUUGCUUUGGUAGAAAAGUGCCUUCAGCCCUUGUUUUUUCCCUUGUUUUCUCGCCUCCUAUAGAUUUUAUGCAGAAUUUAAACACAUAUAAAGGGAAAGAUGUCCUAGUAACAACUCUUCUAACGCAGUAAAGGUUAUUUUCUUUGCGAUGUACAUAUGUAAAUAUGAAGAAAUGGCUGUGUAUAUUUGAAUUCAGUAACUUAAGUGAUGCUUUGUAUCAUAGUUAUUCUAAAAGUUGUUUUUUUGUGGUUGUUUUUUUUUAAUGAUGUCAUUCCGUUUCUUAGUGUCUGUUGGCACGACGACAGGUUUUAUACAGAUUUUUCGGACCGUGUCCAGGGUCCCACUGAAUCAUGAGCAUCGGUUUAAAAAAGAAAACGGAUCAUGAUUGUUUGUCUUUAUGUGUUAUGGUUAUUUGUUACAGCUGUUGAGAACCCAAAUACAGAGUUUGGAGUUCAUCAGGCUUGUCAUUAUCAUUGUGAGACGUUGUUCGGAUCUGAGAGGUGUUCACUAACGAGCUACGAAAACUCCAUCAGUCAACUUUUGGAAACUCCUUUCAAUUCAUUCAAAUCUUUUUCUUUUUUUUAAAGGUAUUUUUUGGGGCUUUUUGCCUUUUAUUCGGAUAGGACAGUGACAGGAAAGUGGGAGAGAGAGUCGGGGUGGGAUCCGGAAAGGACCACGGGUCGGGAAUCGAACCCGGGUCGCCGGCGUACGGUGCAGGUGCCCCAGCCAGUUGCGCCACGGCCGGGGCCAUCAAAUCUUUUUUUUCACCCCUAAAUCAGAAUUCCCCUUAAACUACAGGUUUCUGGAAGUCCUUACAACUACAUGUGGCUUAUGGGCCACCCUUCUUGCAAUAAUCCACCUCUUUAAUCCAUUUCAUUCUUAGUAAACCUUCACAAAGUGAUUAUAAAUGUCACUUAUCUCAAUGUUUGUUUUUAUUAAGACACGUUCAAAAUGAUGCAUUUCUUUGGAAAAUACUGUUCCAUUUUUCCACAUUUCAAGCUGCGUUCACAUCCUAUGACUGUUUAAGAAUUAAAAACACUCUGUUGGCAUCCGGUUCAAAGCCGCAGAGCAUCCUGUGCAUUACAGGAGGGUAAUAAUGGGUGACUUGGCAGAAGCCAGCAGGCCAGGUUUCAUGUUCAACAGUUUUAAAAAAGUAUUCCUCUUAAAAGUAUAGAGAAAUUAAAUAUCAAUGAUGUCUUGUUCUUUGAAAUGAUGCUGCAGGUUAGAAAAAAUUGCAGUAAGAAACAGGACUAGUUUAUUUCUGCACUUGUUCCACUGCUUUCAUGUAAAAUGACUUGAGUUUUGUCCAAAAUAACUCCUUCCUUUAAUUAUUUAAUCAUCCCAACAUUAAGACAGCUACUCUAUAGUUAAAUACUGUAUAUUUUACAGAUUUUACAACCGAUAAAUGUCAUUUCAGUGUCCAUUUUUCUCACAAUGUUCCAUCCCAUCUGAAUUUGAGAGACGGCCAGAAUAAUAAAGAAUAUUUAGGGACUCAAAACCACACACAAUCCAUUAUUGAUCUUAAUAAGGGACUCCAAAUUGCACAAUAUGGCACACAAUCAAUCAUUCUAUCUUAAUUAGGGACUUCAUAUGGCGCGAAAACACUACAGUAGCCCUGUGGGUCUUAAACAGGCGCUGAUGCCUCUGAUUUCUAUUUUCCAUCCACAAACAACGUACAAGCAGCGCUGCGGUCUCUGUCUUCUAAAGCCUGCUCGUACUUCAGUUAUAAAUUCACUAUUUUACAGUCUGUUGACAGUGGAGAUGCCACGCAGGGCAGCGGGGUGUUUAGUGAGUAUGAAAACCCUUCUUGUGCUGCACCCCCCUCCCCUCCUGAAGUGCCCUAUUGCACGAAACUGACCCCCCCCCCCCAUCACUGACGUAUCAGAAGGUGUGAGGUUUUGAACGGACUCGCAGCGGAUGAGUGUGAAUCCUUGAUGUGUCUCCCUGUUAAGCCCCGCAUCUCCUCCUGUUUGUAUUCUGGUCUAAUGAAGGGAACAAGUUGUGUUGUUGUUGAUGUUGUUGACUGUUGUGCUUGUCGUCCAGUGUUUGUAAAGAGUCUGUUUCUGCACUAAGAACACACAGGAGAAGAGAAAGUUCAAAUUAAAAUAAGUCAAAUGUUGUCACUACAUUUUGUUUUAUGAUUUUGUUUGAAAAGAAUUCUGAUGCAAAUCGUGUUGAACCCAAAUUCAUAUUCUGGCGGCAAAUCUUGUGAGUCCCACAGGAGGGGCCGGACGUGCAGAACAUUGUAAUUAUUUUGUACAAAAUUUGGUAAAAGUCUUGGUUUGUUAGUGGAUUUUUUUUUGUUUGUUCUUAGAACAACCCUAUUAUUUAUUAAAGUAUUUUAUACCAAGUUCA